GAGGAAUCUCUCUCAAGUUUCGGUAGCCGUUCUACUUAUCUUCUCCAUUUUGAUACUAGGAAUAGGAGUCCAAGGAAAAGUACCAUGUCUUAAGCGUAUAUUUAACAAAAAUAAUACGUGUUCUUUCCUAAGAUGUGAAGCUAAUUGUGCACGAAAGUAUCAAGGAUAUGAUGAUCAAUCAAUUGGUGACUUCUUGUAGAUUGUUUUCAUCUGUUUUUGAAUACAAUGACAACAACAAGCAAAAGAAGCGCAAAUCGGCUUCGCCCUCGAAGAAAUCCGCCUCAAAGUCUCGGUCAGCCUCUCCGCCUGCAACCACAGCGGCUUCUCCGCCUGCAUCCACAGCGGCUCCUCCGCCUACUUCUUCCGAUAGCCCUCCGGUGUCUGUCUCGACCACGGGCUCCAAAUCAAUCGUUCUUCCAAAUGCCCAAUCGACUGUUUUAACAACAGACUUGGCCAUAGCAACGGCGCCUCCUUCAGAUCUGAAAUCCGUUCCAUCUCUGGCCCUCGCCGAUGUUUCAAAGGCAGUAACCACCAUCGCUGUCUCAAACCCUCCAGCUUUAGGCGCUGACUCGGAACCCUCUGAUUCAACCCCUCAAUCUCACAAAUCUGUUGAGAAAACCCAAAUUGAAACUCAAGCUGAAAACCUAAAAGCUUCAAACCAGACCACCGACGAUUCUUCCACAGUCCAUCCUGCUGAAUCCUGCCCAAGACUGAAAACCUCAGAGACGAAACACAGGCGGCAAAGAAAGCAACCACAUUAUGGGAGAGCUAGUAAUGUGGACGCAGUUAAAGAUUCAAAAAUGGUGUAUGUUAGAGUUUCCCCAAAGUAUGUUCCUGUCAAGGAAGCUGCUAGGGAGGUUACUAGCCAGCCUCAACUGAACCAUAGUCUUCAGAAGGGAGAAGCUAGUGGAUUAUCAGUUCAAAGCAAAGCUGGUGACUCUAAGGACAGUGAUGAAAAAAGUUCUGCGCCGUCCUCUGAAGCUGAGCCAGAUUCUUCAGAUACGGUGCUCUCAGUCCCAGCGUCAGUGCUUUGACAAGAUGUUCACAAAAGAGGAAAUAAAAGAUGCUUUCUUCU